CGCGCUGCAAUUCAAACUUGAGGAAACGAAAGCGGUUUGGUUGGUAAACGGUCUUGUCACCAACAGGCUUGUUUCAGGGGAUAUCUGUUGUUCGUUUUAUCCAAUCCAGGUUACUUCGUCAACACCAGCAAAGCAGACAUGACAUCUAAAGGUGCCAAAGAGAGCAUCGCCACCAAGUUGGGUUUCAAAUCCAACAGCUCUACCUCCAAGGCUGAGGCAGAGCUGGAGAAAGUCAGGAAGGAGAAUGCUCACCUCAGGAGAAAGAUUGAUGAACUGGCCAAACGACACAUCAAACCACCCGAGUCCGACAAAAGCAAGCUGCUAGAGAGGAUUCUUUCCCUUGAGACGCUGCGAGAGAGAAACAAUCAGCAGUUGCUUGUUAAAGAGCAGGAGCUAGAAACACUGAGACAGCAGCUGACAGCUAGAGGAGGAGAGGUGGUAGCAUCACUGCAGGCCCAACUGGAGCAGCGGAGGAAGGAGGCUGAGCAGAGAGACAUGUUGUUCCAGAACUUGUUGCAGGAGACGGAGAACCUGAAAAACCAGCUGGUCACUGUUUCUACCCGGUGCCAGUCCCUGGAAACACAGAAUGCACAGUUACCUCCUGCAGACUUGGCUUUGGUGCAAGAUCAACUGAGAGACGCUCUUGAGAAGAACCAGCAGUGGCUGAUGUACGACCAGCAGAGAGAGGCCUACGUCCAGUCCAUCCUUGCCCGUACACAGGAGCUGGAGCAGCAGCUGGCCCAGGCAAAGCAACAAUCCCAACAAGAGGCCGGUUCAGAUGUUCCUGCCAACUCAGUGGAUCCUGAAAAGGGUCUUCAGCUGAAGAGCCAUAACAACCAGUUGCUGUUGGGGUUACAGAAAGACCUGCAGAGCCAAAAAGAUCAGUUCACCAGAACCCAACAGGAGCUCUGUGUGCAGAGGGAACAGACCUUGAAAGCUCAGGCCGAGUUGCAGUCUCAGAAGGAGCAGGCCACCAGCUUCCAGGAGGAGAUGGCAGCACUGCAGAGGAGGCAUGAGGAGAAGUGCGGCGAGCUGUCAUCCUUCCUGAGGAAAUAUAAAGAGAAGUGCAAAGAGCUAGAGGAGGGCAAGAUGCAGCUGCAGGCAGAGCGACUCAGCAUCAGACGUGAAGUGUGUGAGGAGAAAAAGGUGUCGUCCGAGCGGGUAGACAGAAUGAAAGCAGAACUGGAGAGCAUGGACAUCAGAUUGGAGGAGGAGAGGAAGAGAUCUGCUGAACUUCUACUGCAGGUAAACAUGCUGCAGAAGUCUCUUAUGAGCCAAAACGAAGAGCAGAGGAGGAUUGCAGCACUGGAGCAACAGAUCCAACUCUCUGCCAAGGACUUUGAGAAUGAAAAGAUUGAUCGUCACAGCAUGCAGCACCAGUUACAUAAGGUGCUGAAGGAGCUUCGCAAGGCCCGAGAUCAGAUUGCUAAACUGGAGUCUGCUAAACAGCCAAACACCCGUUUCUCAGAGCCCGGCUCCUACAACAACCUUGAGUUUGAGCGUCUUACUAUCAAUGACCCUCCUGGUCCAACAUCUCCCUCUAAAGUUACCAACCUCAUGGAUGAGAGUUUCCUGGAAUGCCCAAAGUGUCGGGCACCCUAUCCCACCAGCCGCCACAGGGAGCUCCUUGCACACAUUGACUACUGCUUUGCCUGAGCUAGAGGUAGAGUCUAGAUCAGUGGUUCCCAGCUUGGAUGUCGGGACCCUUACUCACCCAAGCACCAAAACAGAAUUCUAUUUUUAAUUUAAAUUUUUUACCUUUCCUGGCCUUUAAAAUAAAUGGGGGGUCACUAUUUGGUUAACCCAGUCAUAUAGAUAUGCAGUCUGUGACAAUGGGUAACAAGUAGACAUUGCUUCUUUCUGAAUGUGUCACAAACCAAAAAGUUUGGGAACCACUGGACUAGAUCAUAAGAUCCAUUCAGGAAGUUUAGCCCCAUGUAAUACUUGAUAUGUUACAAUUCGAGAAACACUGAUUCCACACAAACACAGCACUCUUGUGAACAUCAAUGGUAAGUAAAAUACAUUUUUAAACGCAUCUGGAAAGUUACUUGCAUGGUUGCCAACAAACCAACGUUUUAUUUUCCAAAAGCUGCAAAGCAGUUGAGACCUCAUGCAAGAUGAUUAGAUUGAAAUACUACUCCUGCUGUAAUAAUGAUCCCUGGAUACACAUUUAUGAUGCAUUCGAUGAGCAUGAUAGUGUGUUUGCACUUUCCAUAAACAAGGUUUAUUUCAUCACUGCAAUAGGCUGUGGUUAAUAAUCUUUUUGUCUGCACUCCAAGAGCUGUUCAAAUAGUUAUUUUGUAUCAGAGUGGAUUAAGAUCCAGCUGGAAUUUCUUCUUCCUUAGUAAAUACAUUAAUAUACAUAUGGAAUGGGAAUCAAGGGAUAUUGAAAUCACUUCACUUCAUGCUAGGUGAGAGUGACAAUAAAAAAUUAAAGAAUACUCCGUACAUCUUUUUGACCUUAGUAUACCGCCAGGCCAAAGACUGAUCUGAUUAUUUGUUAAAAAUAACUUGUAUUCCUUCCAUAUCUUUAUUUCUGGGCUUCAUUUUUUGAGUGCAUUUGUGUUUUUCAGGUUGUCUGUUUAUGACUCUCUUCAAAAGCUCUCAAAUUCUAUUAUUUUUGUGAGUAUUUGAUGAAAUUAUUUAUUCUUGGGUUGUUUUUAUACGUGAACUGUCUUUUUAGAUAAUGAAAGAUUUUAUUUUUCUGUCAUUAAAUGUAAGCAAGGAUAAUUAUGUAUUAUUGUACAAUGUUAUGCAUUUUAUCAUAUGGGAGGUAGCUUUUUUUUUUUUUUAUUGCAUUUUGCAUAAAUGUUUACAAACCUGCCUCAUAUGUGCCACACUGGUGCUCCACUGCUAGUUUCAGUAAUCAAGCAUGUAUAGUAUUGAAGGCGUAUUUGCGUUGUUCUGAAAAAGAGAGCAAUCACCCCUAAGCACCAAUGGUGUUUUGCCACUCACUCUGAGGUGGAGGACAAAAUAAUAAGGGAAGAAAAUAUAUCUGUUCCAGCUUUUUUGUUCUCGAAUACAUUAGAGUCAUAAUUCUGGACAAAACUUUCCAUCUGAGUUGCCUGCCAUGUGUUGCCUAUUAAAUCCCUAUUGGCUGUGUUCCAUUACAAAGUGUAGCGUUGUGUUUCUCUGUCUAGUGUCUUGUAAACAGUUGGACAAACCUCGCUGAACAAUGUGACCGUAAUCAUGACCAAGAUCUUUCUUACCCAUAUUGUUUGAUUUGCCUAAACUUAACCAGACCUUAAACAUACAUGCACCAGGGAGCUUAAUUGCUCCUGCAGUGAAUCUCACUUCUCUCUCCACCUUGACUUUUGAAGCCUGCAGCCCCGUGAGGCUGGAAUGAGAUUGCACGAGUUAAUUCCUUGUGAUAAACUAUUUAAGGCAGGGGAUUAGUAAAGGUCCUCUUGGUAGGGGAUAGGGGGUUAAGGUGCGUUUUUAUUCCUGCAGCCAUGGCAAUGUGACUCGAUAGACUUAAGACAAACACCAUUAUACUGUCAUCUUUAAGGUAGUUGUUUUGUUUGAACUUCAUGUGGUCAUGUGUCUUUUAAAAAAUGCGAGCCGAGUAUCAGAUUGUUUUGACCAACAAUUUUGCUGUUUAUUUUUUUUUAAGCCAUUUCUGUUUUUAUUCUAAUCAUGUGCUUUGAAGUUUUUUUGCUGUGCACUGUACUGUACAAAAAUGUGCAAUAAACAUGUUAAUCUUUCAACCUAA